CAGCAAUCUCUUCGUUUCGAGUGUAGACAUGAUUCUCUUCAAGAGCUACGGUUGGAAUGAUUGUCAUGUACCGUACUUUCCGCAUUAGUGCGCUCUACUGAUGUGUGGCGGGUCCGACACUAAUCCGUCCUCUCGUAAGCCAUGCUGCAGAGUCCCGCCAUCCGCUCGCUGUUCCGCGGCGCCACGCAGUGCAGUCGCUCGCCAAUGCUGGCGCAGCGUCUGUCACGCCCGUCGUCUUCAUUCUCGCCGCUCACUGCGUCCUACCGUGUCCGCUUUGGCCCGCAGAGUUCGUUCGCCAAGUGUCUGCAAGUGCAGACAUUCGCCUCGAUCCCUGGUCGUGAUGACGAGCAGCAGCAGCUUCACAGCAACAACGGCAAGAGCAGAAAAGAGCAAAUCCAGGAGCUGAUAGAGGAGAAUGCAGCGCUUAAGGAGGAAGUGGAGAAGCUCAAGGCCGAGAUAGCCAAGAAGCCCAACAAGUUCAUGGGCACGCUGCAACAGUACGGUCUGCCCUUCCUCGUCUGGUGGACGUCGCUUUACUUGGCCUCGGGUGUGUCUAUCUACGUGGCGUUGGACACGGGCCUCGUAUCGGGUGCCAGCAUCAUUGACUUCAUCAUGCAGAACGGCCUGGACAAGUUUAUCGACCCGGCCCGCCUCGACCCUACGUACGGUAAUAUCGCCAUCGCGGUGAUCGUCAACGAAUGCCUCGAGGUCAUCCGCUUCCCCAUUACACUGGCUACGCUACCCUACAUCAAGCGCGUUUUCUCACGCAAGAAAGUGGAGGAGGCCAAGUAAGACGGUUUUACCGGACUGGAGUUAAAGCAGCUUCACAAGGUGAAUAGAACUCUGUGUUAGGUCCCUAAUGUGAUAAGUGCUGAGUUUACGCCAGCUUCCACUGGAAAAUGGAUCUGUCGUUUCCUCCAACUGAGAUCAGAUACUUGUCGUCGAAGCUGAAGCGUACGUUUGCAACAUGGGAGGAGUGACCUCGACGCGCAAUGAAUUUUGACUGCAAAUACAAACGUGAGCAGGACGUACAAUAGACACAAGAUCAUACACAACGUACGCCUUUUGGAAUGCAGGGGUAGCGGAAGAACUUGACGUUGCCGGAGUCGUCUCCGGACGCGAGGAUUGUACGUGUCGAAGAUGCACAAACAGCGUUGAUGUCGGUACCGUCCGCGCAAUCCGGCCAAAUUCCUUGCACUGGCCAGCCUAAAGUGCAUGUCCACGUAGCCCAAUGCACAUCCCGCACAGAUGAAGCCCGACUAACUUGACUACUCGACGCUGUAUCGCAGAACAGGUACUCGUAUGCGCCACAGUUUGACUGAAUGUACUUCCCGUCAUCUGAAAAAUCAAAGUGUGUGAUGUAGCUAUUGUGCUUGCUGAAAGGUUUGCGCUUCUUGAAUUCCGACGCUCCCGAACCCACCGAGUAAAGGUAGAUAGAAUUGUCAUGAGAUCCCAGGGCUAGAAUAUCUCCAUUGGGGGAGAACUUGACAUCACUGAUCCAUUCCUUCGCUGGUUUGUCUUCAAACACUAACGUGCCCGUAUCCAAAUCACGUGCUCGUAAAACAGCAAAACCUCCUUCUCUCGAUUGUGCCUGCCCCUGCUUAGAUGCCGGCUUUCUUCUUUGUCGAACACCA